AGCUCAGCUCAAAUUAAAAGUAGAAUAAUUAUUAAUCAUAAUCGAUUAAUCAUUAAUUUAGUCAAAUCUGUUGGUAAUCACUGUCUGACUACUAUAAUUAAGAGCUCUGUAGAGUUCAGUAGCUCUCUGCAAUUCAGUAAUGGAAGCAGAGAGGGGAAUGGAAAUCAGGGCGAUGGAUGCAUUAGGGAAAGGAUUUGAUUUAAGCAGUGAUUUUAGGUUAAAAUUUGCUAAAGAAAGAUUAGUAAAACUGAACGACGAUCAAAGAGAUUUAGUAAUUCCGAGUGGUUCCGGUGGUUCCGUCACUAUUUCUAAUGUUUCUCAAGAUAUUCGUUGCGAUAAAGGCGAUCGAAUUCGAUUCAAAUCCGAUGUUCUUGAAUUUAAUCAGAUGUCGGAGCUACUUAAUCAAAGAUCCUCAAUACAAGGAAAGAUUCCUUCGGGAUAUCUUAAUUCUAUAUUUGAUUUCAGUGGAGAUUGGUUUCGGGAUGCUUCCGAAACGAAAUAUCUUGCUUUCGAUGGUUACUUCAUUUCGUUAUACUACUUGCACCUAACAGCGUCUCCGUUAAUUCUGCUUGACAAAGUAAGGAAGUCUGUUCCACCACGUUGGGAUCCGGCAUCGUUGGCUAGGUUCAUCCGAACAUUUGGCACACACAUAAUAGUAGGGAUGGCUGUUGGAGGUCAAGAUUUAAUUUGUGUUAGACAAACGCCUACCUCACCUAUUCCUCCAGCCGAACUUAGAAACCAUUUGGAGGAUCUUGGAGAUUUUGUAUUUUCAGAUACAAGAAGCCCACCACAACUACUACAAAGGAAUACAAGAGACAAUAAAUACAAAGUACCCGAGGUCUUUAAUCGUAUUUUGCAGUCGAAUACCAUGCAAUUGACCAGCAUUACAGAAACAUCAAGCAAGGAUGGCAUCACUAUCAUUUGUUCAAAAAGAGGAGGGGAUGUGUACUCACGCAGUCACUCUAAUUGGCUCCAGACAGUUCCUGUUAAACCAGAGGCAACUCUCUUCACGUUUGUACCAAUUACAUCUCUUCUUACUGGGAUUCUGGGAAGUGGUUAUCUUAGCCAUGCAAUCAACUUAUAUCUGCGUUACAAGCCUACUCCAGAAGAUUUGCAGUACUUCUUGGAAUUUCAAGUUCCAAAGCAAUGGGCACCUAUGUUUUGUGAGCUGCCUUUACGACAUCAAAGAAGGAAAGCUUCUAGCCCUUCCUUGAGAUUUAGCUUUCUCGGUCCUAAGAUAUAUAUCAGCUCUACACAGGUUUCAUGUGAUAAAAAGCCUGUGCUCGGUCUACGCUUGUACUUGGAGGGGAAGAAAUGUAAUCGAUUAGCAUUACAUCUACAGCACCUUUCCAGCCUUCCAAAUAUCAUGGCAAUUCCUUCAACAGACACCAGCUAUUGCAGGCCAUGUGAAUGGCGAGGUUCCGAUGAAUAUCAACAUAGUGAUCAGUUCUUGGAACCCAUUAGAUGGAAGCGAUAUUCUAAGGUUUGCACAUCUGUUGUCAAGCACGACCCCAACUGGUUGCAGGGAGAUUCAGGUGGUGUAUUUAUUGUAACCGGCGCACAGCUCCUGAGCAAAGGGAAGUGGCCGAAGACGGUGCUCCACCUUCGUUUACUGUUCACACACUUACCCCAUUGCGCUAUCAGAAAAACUGAAUGGGCUGCUGCGCCCACAGGAUCGCACAAGUCAAAUUUUCUUACUAAUCUGAGCACAACAUUUACAUUCAUUCAGCGAAACCCCGCUGGUCCAGAGAAGCAACCACCAGCUGCAUUGAACUCCGGCGUGUAUCCAGAUGGGCCUCCAGUACCAGUUCGUUCCGGAAAACUACUUAAAUAUGUGGAUAGAGCGGAGGUGGUGCGAGGUGCGCAUGAUGCUCCUGGACAUUGGCUGGUAACCGCUGCUAAGUUAGUAACCGACGGAGGCAAGAUCGGUUUGCACGUGAAGUUCGCAUUGUUGGACUAUCUAUGAAUUGCAUAUUGUGCAUUAAUAAUGUUUUUGUUUCUAUAUUUAUAACAUUCUUUGCUUAGUAGACGUGUGGUGUUUAAGAGAGUUAACAGAGAGUUUGUACAGAAGACAACGUUAGAUGAUUGCUUUAUAUAUGGUUUAUAUAUGGUUGAUGUGAUUUUCAAUA